AUGACCAAGCCAACAAAGACCUGCGUAGCGUGUAGGAACAGACAUGUCAGAUGCGACGGCGAGCAGCCGUGCAGUCGCUGCACUGCAUCAAAGUCUGGGUGCCUCUACGUCGCCUCGCAACGGGGGAAACGGCGACAUGCUCAACAGCAGCCCGAGUUUCCGACUGACCGAGAUUUGAACGCCAUCCUUGAAGGAAGCAACAUUUCCCCGCCAUCUUGCUUCGGUAGCUGCCCGGAAUUCGCUCCAUGGGCCUUGCAGGACAGCAGUGACGAGCUCAUGUCCGUGUCCAACAGCCUGGGCGUGGACCUUUCACCGCCAAACGCCCCAUUGUUCGACCUGAAUUGGCUUCCUGACCCUGCUGGCAUCACUACGGAACCAUGCAAGCAGAUCGACUUCGCGGCAGGCGAUGUCUCCAUCAUGCCGUCUGAAAGUGCCGCGGUCGAAACGGAUCACUACUUGGCCUCCUUCUACCGAUAUGCCUUUGCCGCUCACCCCUUUGUCCUGCCACGCCACGACCUUCUGCGGCUCACAGACUUGCACGACUCGAUGCGCACACCGCUUGCUACCAUGCGUUGGAUCGGCUCGCUGUACGUGGACGUCCAGCCUCGUCUGCGCAGUGAGCUCUACCAACAGGCCCACGACCUGAUACAUGACCCCAGAGCCCCGCGCGACGGGUUUCUCGUCCAGGCGAUGCUUCUCCUUCUCGUAGGUCUCGACGGAAACGCAGAUCAGCGCAAGGCACGGGAAAUACUGGAGAAUGCGGAGCAACUCGCGCUGGACAUUGGCCUGCAUCGAGCAUCUUUCGCUUCCCUCUAUGGUCGAGGCGUUCCGAUCCUCGAAGAGAGCUGGAGACGGACAUGGUGGAGCUUGUACACCACCGAGGCCAUGGUGACCGCUGCCCAUCGCAGGACCGACUUUGCGCUGUACGACGUGGCCAGCGAUGUUGGUCUUCCUUGCGAGGAGGAUCAGUAUCUGUUCGGGGAUAUUCCCGACCCGCUCUCCUUUGACGACCUCGAAGCUCGGGGCUUCGCCAGAGAGGAGCUUGCCUUCUCCUCGUUCGCGUACCUGAUUCUGUCCGCCCAAACCCUCGGCUUCUUCCUGCACAAAUCGCGGUCGAUCGAUCACCUGGACGACGGGACGCAGACGGAAGCACGCCUCGCGUCCUGGUCAUUCAGUCUACCAGCGAACAAGCGCGACGCCCUUCGAAACGACGGGCAACCAGACGAGAUCAUGUUCCAAGCCCUGAUGAUGCGGCACGCAAUCUCCAUCACGGUACACGAGGUACACGCCAAGCUGGACAAGCUACCAGCAAUCACAGUCAACCACUGCAUGUCCCUGACGUCGGAGGUUGGCGCUCAGGCCUCGGACAUGCAUACAUUCCAUGCCAUCACCUCCGCCCGCGCCAUCAGCAGAAUGGUCAUGUGCCACCACUCGGUCGUCUCCCACGUGCACUUCUUCACGUGCGUGGUCACAUUGUCGUCCAUUGUGCAUCUGGGCCGCUGGGCGCUCAUGCCUGCUGGCCACGGUGACCAGGAAGCGCUUCGAGAAUUGUUGCGGCUCAACAUGGGGGCCUUGAAAGAACGGUCGCGCGUCUGGAAGGCGGCUGCGAUUUCGCACGAGCAGGUCGCGUCUGUGGCGAAGGAUUUGUUCCGGAUGAAGCAACGGGGGGCGAUACGCUGA